GGCAGCGUGCCCCUGCGCCUGAAGCCGAGGAGACCCCGCAGCGAGCCGCCAACGCCCGGCGGAGACUCUGAGGUUCACGUUGGAGUUGAUACUGUAGCAGACUUCAGCUAUGCAGACGAUUAAGUGUGUAGUUGUGGGUGAUGGUGCUGUUGGUAAAACCUGUCUCUUAAUUUCUUACACAACAAAUAAAUUUCCAUCGGAAUACGUACCAACGGUUUUUGAUAACUAUGCUGUAACAGUGAUGAUUGGAGGAGAGCCUUACACUCUAGGCCUCUUUGAUACUGCAGGUCAGGAAGAUUAUGAUAGAUUACGACCCCUCAGCUAUCCACAGACAGAUGUAUUUCUGGUCUGUUUUUCAGUGGUAUCUCCUUCUUCAUUUGAAAAUGUGAAAGAAAAGUGGGUACCUGAAAUUACUCACCAUUGUCCAAAGACUCCUUUUCUGCUUGUUGGGACCCAAAUUGAUCUAAGAGAUGAUCCCUCAACAAUUGAAAAACUUGCCAAGAACAAGCAGAAGCCCAUAACUCCAGAGACGGCUGAAAAACUGGCCCGGGACCUGAAGGCUGUUAAAUAUGUGGAAUGCUCUGCGCUUACGCAGAGAGGUCUGAAGAAUGUGUUUGAUGAGGCUAUCCUAGCUGCCCUCGAGCCUCCGGAAACUCAGCCCAAAAGGAAGUGCUGUAUAUUCUAAACUUUCUCCUUCCCCUCUUGCUGCUGCUUCCUCUGUCCCACUACUGUAGAAACCUGGUUAAAAACGAAUAAAGCCACCUCUAUUGAAAGCUGUUGUCUGCUUACCAUUUUAGAGCAACCUCUGUAUUAGCUCUCGGACUGAUAACAGUACUUAAGAUCUUUAGUAAAACAUUGUGACCGUGGAACGUGAACUGGACUCGCUUAACUCUCUGCUGCUUGGGUUGCCAGAUGUGGGUAGCUUCAUAAUUCAGGCUGUUGGGGGAAAGGAUCUGGUUACAUCAUUACUCUAUAAGAAAAAGAUUGAAAGAAUAAGACAUGAUGUUUGAUCUUCCUGAAUCCAGCUGGAAGAAGCGUUGCGUGUUUUCAAUUUCUACUUGUGACUCUUGUUAAAUGUAAUUGCAUGACAAAAGUACAUGGAACGGUGAUCUGCAAGUGAUGCUGUAAUGUGAAGGAAUUUCUGGUUCUCCUUUGUGCAGUGAGAUGUUUUUGUUGCAAUUGCUUUGGCUGUCUGUGCUGUAGUGGAGUAUUUGUAAGUCCUUGGGAAGGAAAUAUCAAUGUAUUUGCUACUGCUUUAUGAACUGUUAAAACUCUCUUGCUUUCACUAACACGACAGAACAUUUCAGUAAUAGAUUCUUAAAGCCUGUUAAUGUAAGAUGUAAAGCUGCUUCUUACUCUUACGCUUCUGAUUUUUAUUGUUUUAAGGAGAAAAACGUUAAUUGUAGUUUCGUUAAAUUUUGAAAUUAAAAACUGCGGUUGUUUGUAUAAAUGACUGAUGAAGCUUUAUUCUGAUUUGCUCUUCCUGGCUUCAGUUUAACACCUGUGCAGCGUACCUGCUUUGUACUCCUCCCAUUUCGACUCUGAUACCAUUCACAGCUUCUGGGCUCUACCUGCCUGCUUCUAACCAUGGGGUGUGUAGGGCCAGAAGCCUGCCCUGAGCGUGUCCUGGACCAGUUUGAUCGUUGCAUGCUUGCCUUGUCUCCUCUUCUCCCCUCGACACGUGGGUGUCUGCCCUGCUGCGCUCGGUGUGCUCCAGUAGAGCUCUUCCAUUCGAAUGCAGCACUUUCUGCUUUGUUGUUAGCAUGUCAGAUGUGUCACUGCCCAACUAAUCAUAAAAACUGCCUUAAGGAAAUGACUUCGGUACGUGUGUUUGCUUUUUGUGGAGUGUACUGGUCUGUUUUCUAAGCACUAUGCUCCUGUUCAGCAAAUCAGAUGCCCUGCGAAGGAACUGCUGGCCGCAGCAACACAGCUGGGGCAGACCCUAGCUGGGCAAAGGAGAUGUGGGGGGGGUGGGCUGGGUGUCAGACUGGGAUCCCUCGCUGGAGGGGUUUGUCUGCCACCUGACUCUCCUUGCUUUUGUUUGUGUGAACUCAAAAAUGAGACUGCCCCUUUCUCUCUCUGCCCCUUUUCAGAAAGGCCUAAAGAAUGUAUUUGAUGAGGCGAUAUUGGCUGCCCUGGAGCCUCCGGAGCCGAAGAAGACUCGCAGGUGUGUGCUGCUAUGAACGUCCCUCCACAGCCCCUUCUGCAAAGCUGGUGUUUGAUGUCAUACUAAAAGCAAUGUUUAAAUCAAACUAAAGAUACAAAUUUUAAAAUUUGUUUUUUGCAAUAAUGACAAAUACCCUGCACUCCCAUCUCCCCCACACGAUCCCUGUGUGAGAUGAGAAUGUUAGUGUUUAUUCCCCAGUGUCCCCUCAAUUCAGUUAAACUAGUUAAUUUUGCGUAAUUACGUAGUAUCAGAAAACACUGAUCAGUACUAGUUUUUUAUUUUGUUUACUGUUUCUAAUUUUUUGUUUAAAAUCCAGGCAUGCUUGUCAUGACUUUUUCUGUAACAGACUAAUUCUGGGCUAUACUGAAGCCUUGCCCCUUCUGCCAGUCUGGCAAGACUUAGUUCUGGUUUCAAGAACUCCUAGGGCUGUUCUGCAGCCAGCCAGCAGCCUAUGUGUGAGCAGCCUUUCAUACUAAAGACAAAUACAGGAAAGUAAGAUGUCCCAGGCUGGUGCUCCUCUAAGGAGGAGUGUAGAAAAUGUAUCUGCAUCUCCUCUGAAGUUGCCUUGUAUCUCUCUCCCCCUGGCUUCCCACUGUACAAGUCAUAAAUUUCUGCCCCAUCCUUUAAGUUAUAAAGUUUUAUGAAUGGAAGAAUCCUUUCCCCUGGAUGCACCAUCAGACUUAGAAACUAACUUGUCAGUCUCUUAAUGAGCUUUUGGUCAUGUGAUGAAGAAAUAACUGCACCUUUUAAAGUGUGCCCAACUGAUUCAGUUGGCUUUUAAACAAGCGCAUCUUUCUGCCAAUUCUUUCUUAUCUGAGAAAUACUUCCAAUGACCAGCAUAUUCACUGCUGUUUGGAUGCACUGAAAGAACUUGGCAUGUAUUGGAAUGAGAGCUGGCCCUGGUGGUGCAUCUCCCUAUGAAGGUUUGGUGUCCUUUGAGGAGAGGUUGAAAGACAGACCUGUCAGUAGGAAGGAACUGCGGGGAGGGCUUCCUAGUGUUCAGCAUGGCACCAUACAGGGACCAGUUGAGGGAAUCCCCUUUUUCUGCAUUUUAAGUAACCUUGAAACUGUAAGAUGGGUUCCAGCCCAACAAGGAUUGUGUGCAGGACCUUUACGUAGACAGCAGUAUUUGUAGGGACUUUACCAAAUAACAUAUUUUGGCUUGCAAGUUAAAUUGUUUUUCUUUUAGGGAAAAGAUUUAGGGAAUCUUCUCCAUCUUCCCAAGCUCCAAUUUCUUGUCAACUCAUUAGUGUUGAACCAAUGCUUUUUCAUGUCUAAGUUCUUUGUAUAUGCAUUCUUUUCAGAUGUAUUAAACAUAAAAUAUCUUCACAA